AUAUAAACCUCCUAGAGACUGCUUCAGUCCACCACAGCCAUGGCUUUCUACAGGCUUGUCACUGUGCUGGUCCUGAUCCUCAACACUGGAGGUUCGCUUGAGGCUGAGGUGAGGAGCUCCAUCAUUGGAGGUCAGGACGCUCCAAAGGGCGGCUGGCCGUGGAUGGCCCACCUGAACAUCACAUCUGAUGGGAAGAACCGGUGGCGCUGUGGCGGCACUAUCCUCAGCGAGCAGUGGGUGCUGACUGCUGCAAACUGCUUUGAUAGGCAGGCUGAGCCAAAUUGGAGACGAUCAUUUGUUUCGGUCGGUUCACACAGCUUAACGAAGGCAUCUGCCCGUUACAUGGAAAUAGAUACUGUCAUGAAUCACCGUGAGUACCGAGCCCAGAGCGGUGGCUACGUGAACGACAUCGCCCUGGUUAAGCUGAAGAAAAAGCUGAGUUUCUCACCAGACGUUGCCCCAGUGACUCUGCCCAGCAUCGAUGACACCUUUGGUUCUUCUUCUGAGUGUUGGAUCACUGGCUGGGGGAACAUUGGGACCAAUGUUCCACUGCCAGAUCCAGAAACCCUUCAGCAGCUGAAGAUUCCCAUCAUCUCCCAGAGUGCAUGUAAGGCAAAGUAUCCCGAGCUGACGGAUGACAUGCUGUGUGCAGGGAGCCAGGAUGGAGGGAUGGACGCCUGCAAAGGGGAUUAUGGCGGUCCACUGGUGUGCCGUAAAGGCAGUGGCUUCGUGCAGGCGGGCAUCAUGAGUUAUGGUAGUCCGGACGGUUGUGGCCUCCCAGGCCGCCCUGGUGUCUACACCAAGGUGUCCAAGUAUCUGCGCUUCAUCAAUGACUACAUCAAGAUGGACUCUGCUGAGGUCUAAACUGACCAGUCUGCCCUUGUCUUCACUCUUCUUCUACUUCUCUCUUGUGUUGAACUGUCAGAUCAUGUUUACUGUAUGUUGUUCACAUGUACUCUGGUUUGUUCAACUAAAGUCUUUGCAUUAAAGCUUUCAAGCAUCAA